CGCGCGUGCGUGCGGAACGAGACAGAGGCCUCGAGCCUUGUAUGCGAAUUGCCCAGAGACGGCAGUCGCAACAUCACAGUAACGCAAACGAGUCGCACCGAAGCGCCCUCGAGGGCAGCGCCGACGCCGAGCUCCUUCGGCACCCGGCAAGGCCAGGAAAUACCCGCGGCGCGUUGGACGACGGCGAGUCACCCGACACGCGACGAGUCAAAAUGGUUCGCAGGACCGCGAUUUGUGCCAUCGCUGCGAUCGUUGUUCUCGCCACGGUCACGACGGUGAGCGGCCAGACCGUAGAUGCCUGCCAGACGCGUUCGACACCCAUCGGCGUGUCCAUCACGGAGACGACUGCGGAUGGGGAGUCGAACACCUUCCUCGGCUUGCUCGCGUUCUUCGGCGGUGCCGUCGGCGAGAGCGAAACUGCUCCGAUGCAUCUUGCGGUAGCUUCAGAUAAGUACGGGUGCAAACCGAUAGCACAGACUACGGACAAGGCGGUGCUCGUUUGGAGAGGGGGCUGCACGUUUGGCGAGAAGGCUGCCGCGGUGGAAGCGGCUGGUGGGGCUGCGAUGAUCGUUGUCACUGACGAAGCCGAGCUCACGCCGAUGUCUUGCGUCGGCAACUCGACCGUCUCCAUCCCCGUCAUGCAGGUUCUCGCGCAGGAUGGUGAUCAACUGAAAUCCGGCGCAGCCAAAGGGGCGAGCGUCACCUUCAAAGAGCUCAAGCUCAAGGGAUCCGUGGAUCUGGUCGCAUCGUUUGCGCUGCUAGCGAUGGCGUCACUGACCAUCGUGUUUGGUGCCAUAUGGUCUCUUUCGGAUCAAGGAUUUCUGUUUAAACCAAAGUCAGACGAUGAUGCAAGUCAAGGCAGUGGCGGCGGACGCGAAGGUUCCGGAGGUGGGAUCGAGGGACUUGAGAUCACCGAGAUGAGCGCGGCAUACUUUGUCGUUUUCGCGUCCAUCGUGCUCCUCGUGAUUUUCUUCACGAUGCAGCACUGGGUGUUCCUCAUCAUCAAGGGUGUUUUCUGCUUCGCUGCGGUGCAGGGGUUGCAAGCUCUUUUCUUCGCCGUGUUUGAAUCGGGUUUCAAGGCGCUCUCGAAAGACAUUGAUAUCCCCGUCUUUGGAACUGUGAACCAACUCUCUGUGCCGAGUGUUGCCUGUGCUGUUGUGGUGGUGCUCGUGUGGCUACUCAACCAGGAUGCAACCUGGGCCUGGAUGCUUCAAGAUAUCAUGGGUAUGUCGUUUCUGGUCAAUGUUCUACGACUCGUUCACCUGCCAAACCUCAAGGUCGGCGCUCUCCUUCUUGUGGGUGCAAUGUGCUACGAUAUCUUCUGGGUUUACAUCCAACCUCAUUUAUUUGGCCGUGAGAGCGUCAUGGUGAAGGUUGCAAAGGGAGGUGAGCAACACGAGUCGUUGCCGAUGUUGUUCCUCUUUCCGAGGCUAGGAGGAAACGUCGGCGACUUCUCGAUGCUCGGCUACGGUGACGUUAUUCUGCCGGGUCUGUUGAUUGUUCACAACCACCUCUUUGAUAACCGGUACAACGAGUCGAGCAAGCCUCGCCUGGCGUACCUGGUGCCAUCUAUUGUGGCGUACGUCGCUGGUCUGCUGCUGACGUUCCUGGCGCUGCAUCUGCAGGUCGGUGGUCAGGGAGGACAGCCUGCUCUUUGCUAUCUGGUGCCGACCGUGCUCGGAGGCACCGUGGCUUAUGCUCACUUCAGGGGAGACCUGAAAGAGAUGUGGGUCGGAUCGCAAGAUGAUGGCAACGACCCGGACGGUGAGGGGGAGCGGCUCAUCGGGACCGGAUCCACGAACAGCAGUGCCGUGUGAAAAAGUCCCGAAACUUAAAUUUGGGCAUGCGAAGUGUGUACAAUGAGAUUCCCCUAUUAGCUACUCUAGCUAGGCGCUAAGAACUAAGUGUUGUUGUC